CGCGCGUCCCCGGCCCCGCGCGCGCUCCCCGCAUCCCGCGCCUCCGACGUCCGCUCCCCUGUCCGCAGUGUCUCCUCCCGCGCACAUGGCCCCAGUGUUGGCGGCGAGCGCCCGCCAGGGGCCAUGAUCCGGCUGCGCGGCUGGUGCGCGCGGAGGCCCCGCGGCGCAGCGGUGCCUGCGGGGCCCGCUGGGCUGCGCUGGGCGUCGGGCGGGCCUGCCGGCCGCGCCCUGCGGGUGCUGGUGGACAUGGACGGCGUGCUGGCCGACUUCGAGGGCGGCUUCCUCAGGAAGUUCCGCGCGCGCUUCCCCGACCAGCCCUUCAUCGCGCUGGAGGACCGGCGCGGCUUCUGGGUGUCGGAGCAGUACGACCGCCUGCAGCCCGGGCUGAGCUUCCCAGUAGCACUGAGGUUGCGAGUCUUCCUGGACGGCACACAGGGAGUCACGGAGAAGGCCAUCAGCAUCUGGGAGUCGGAGAAUUUCUUCUUUGACCUCGAGCCUCUGCCAGGCGCUGUGGAGGCAGUGAAACAGAUGGCCAACCUGGAGAGCACCGAUGUCUUCAUCUGCACCAGCCCCAUCAAGAUGUACAAGUACUGUCCCUUCGAGAAGGUAGAAUUACAUAAAACUGAGACUUCUCUGGAGAUUGGGAAUUGCAGGGUUGCCAAACCCAGAGGGAUGGUCUGUUCCCCGGGGGUGGGUUCACACCAGAGGUGGGCCCAGGGCUGCUCCUGCCCCGAGGAAGCCGAGGAGCUUCCCAGGUCUGGGAAGGUGGGGCUCGGGGCCCAGAGCCCCUGCUCGGGGGCCGACCUCGGCAGGGGUGCAGCGUGUCCUCUCGGGACCUCUCCUCGCCCGGCUCCACGUGAGAAGCAAACACACACGGUCAGCCAACGUUCGGCACCUCCUGCGCGUCACACGGAAGGGAUGCGCCCUCGUCGGGGUGUCGCGGGCGCUCCACUGUGUGCCUCGUCCUCAGGACACCCCUCGACCCGCCAAGACCCCUCAGCCCAGCACUCCCCUCUGAGCUCCAGAUGGCUCCGACCUGCCGUGUCUGUCCCCGGAGUGCCGACGUCCCUGUCCCACGUCCGCCCCUCCCUCCGAGGCUGGAAGCACCACCCUUCGUACCCCUCUGUACCUCAGCAAGCCUGCUUCCUGCUGAGGCUGUUUCUCAAGCACACCUCUGUCUCCGUGGCCAUCUGGGGAGAAAUGCUGACAUAGCCUCCGCAGCUGCCCGCGCAUUUCAGCUCCACACGCACACCCCCGGGGGUGCGGGCCAUGUCCCGCUGGCCCUACUUUAAAGCCUUUAGUUGUCUCUGCAGCAGCAGUGUCACCAAAUGCCGCUCUUCCCUGAGGCCGUGGAAAGACCUCCUCCCUCGAAAGUCCGUCUAGUAACUCUUUUGCUGCAUGUGGUUCGGAUUCGGUUUGGGUCGUCUUGACAGAUUCUGGUUCGGGAAUAACACCACCACUUUACCUCGGAUGGCUCUGUGUUCACCAGGCCGAACUGUUUCCUGCCCAAGUGUCUUCAGGGACCAGAGUUACAAUUGGGUGGAAAACGAGCCACCUUCCCUCCCCAGCCCAGCACCCCCAGCGGUGCCCUCAGAGCCCGGCCCCCACCCUGGCCGAGCCCGGGAGUCAGAGGAGAGCUCUGGGUCUCAGACCCCCCACCCAGCCUCUCAGGGCCUCCAUCUCAUAACCAGUGCAGUUGUGCUGAUGCCUCCCUGGGUUGUAGGAAGGAUGCAGAAGGCGGCAUUUACCACCUUGCUAGCAGUAAACGUCACCCCCUGUGUCUUCUCUCUGGCCCCAAAGACCCCCACCCAGCACGAAAGAAAGAACCUCAGUGCACUUUUCUCAAACCAGAAAGCCUGGGCAGUUUCACGGUUGAUUACUUUUUCUGCAUUCUUGGAUCCUGGAAAAAUAUGUUAGGUGCAAAGUUGCCUACACAGUUUAAUUAAAAACUACGUUUUGAAACGUGGUAAAUAUUUUUUAAAAAAAGGAAGGAAGGAAAUUCUGCCAACUAUAGAUGUUUCUCUAACUUUCCUUGAUUUCCCAGAUUUUCUUUGAUUAGCCAUUCCUUUUACAAUAAAAAAGUAAAUGCUUUUUUGGUUGGCAGUCAUUCUGCAAACAUUUACCGGGCACCUGCUGCAACGCUAGGCAUCUGGGGCUUAAAAAAGCCGUCUCUUUGCUCUCGGGAGCUGAGGACAGUGUGGCAGGAAGAGAGACAGUCAUCACUCUGUCACAGGCUCUGUGGUCACCCAGGGAGGAGGCCAGGGCAGGCUCCUGGGGAAAGUAAGAAUUGGGUGGAGUCAUGGAAACGAGAAGGCAAAGCCCUGGGAGGACAAGUUCUGAGUAGACGGGAUGCGGCUGAGGAGAGACUCUCUGAGCUUCAGGGUAUCUCAGUGGACACCCUCCAAACUGGAGAGCAGAGAGGGAGCAGAGCCUGCCUGCCCUCCUCCCCGUGGGCCUGGGGACGCAGCUCCGAUGGCUCCCCGGGGGCCUGGAACGCAUUCCUGCGGGACGUCCGCGCCCUCCGUGGGGUGUGCCCUGCCCCCCACCCUCUGUCACCCCCUUGUUUUACCGCCUCAGAGCAUUCGGGGUGCGCGGCUGUUGUGAGCCUUCAGUGCGGGGUGCGAUGGGGCCCUCGGAGCAGCUGAGCCGGAACCGGAGCCCCGGCCGCCCCACCUCCCCUGGCCACGCGGGGUUGCCGUGCCGCCGUCAGGGCCUCUCCUCCCAGCCGGAGGCCUGGGGUGUCCGCGCCCUGGCCCGGUGGACGGCCCAGGGGUCAGCUUGUCUGCUGUCAGUCCAGCUCGGUGUGGAGACUCAGCCUCGCGAAGCUGUUUUGUGAACCUGACGGCCCCCUGUUAUCUUGUGAUGGGGGGGGUCUUCCCGAGAAGGUGGCCAGUGUGGUCAUUUGCAUGGGGUCCUCCAUCUGCUGGGUAAGGUCACUCAGGAGCAGGGCGUCGGGGGAGCCCCCGGACACGCCCGCGCCCCCGGCACUGGCACCGCACACCCACCAUCUGCUUGAGAUCCUCUCCCGCUCCCGUCAUGGGUCCAGUUCUCACGUGG